AUGCCUGUCCACACAACCUACAAACUGUCCAACGGACUCGAUAUCCCUUCCAUCGCUCUAGGCACUUGGAUGUCAGCUCCAGGAGAAGUGGAAAAGGCAGUCAAGCAUGCAAUCGAGAGCGGCUACAAGCACAUAGAUUGCGCCUGGGGUUAUGGCAAUGAAGCCGAAGUGGGGGAAGGUAUCAAAGCCUCAGGAGUACCUAGAGACCAAAUUUGGAUCACAUCAAAAUUGUUCGAGCUUCACCACAAGCCAGAACACGUUGAACUCGCGGUGCGUGACAGUUUGAAGAAGCUCGGUACGGACUAUCUUGAUAUGUAUCUCUUACAUUACCCAGUGGCCUGGAAGACAGUAUGCCCUGACGGAGUCUUACCUCAAAAGGAGCACACCCCUAUGGUCGACGGCAGAUUGGUCAUUGACAUCCCGCUCUCAGAAGAUUUCCUGUCGACUUGGGCAGCUAUGGAAAAGCUGGUCGAAAAGGGUUUGGUACGAUCAAUCGGUGUAUCGAAUUUCAACAUCUAUAAGUUGAAGAAGCUCAUCGCCGCUGCUAAGAUCAAGCCUGUUGCCAAUCAAAUCGAACUCUCCAUUCAAAACCCCCAAUUCGAGUUUGUCGAUUGGCUUAAACGCAACCAGAUCUUGCCUCAAGCCUUCUCCCCAUUGGGUGGUCUUGCAGGUCAGCAUCUUCGACAACACCCAGUUGUACUUGAGAUCGGUAAAAAGUACGGGGUCCAUGGAGCAGUUGUCUUAAUCAGUUGGCUUCUUUCAAGGGGUAUCCAACCUUUGCCAAAGAGUGUAUUCGAGAACGAGAUCGAGGCCAACAUCAAACCUGUUGACCUCACUAAAGAAGAAGUAGAAAGAUUGUCAGAGCUGGCUCGCUCUUUCCCUUCUAAGAGAGUUGUCAAUCCGUCGUCAGAGUACGAGCCUUUCUACGACGUCUACCAAGAAGAUCACCCAGAAUUCAGUGAUAAAGCCCAAUUGCUUCUCGAAAAGGGUACUGCUUAG